AUGGAACUGGGCCUUGUAGGUACAGUUCUUCUUGUCUCCUGUGUCACUCUCCUGAUUUACCUCAUCACACAGAGGGACAACAAGAAGUAUGAGAAUCUGCCCCCGGGACCUUCUCCACUGCCCCUGCUGGGAAAUAUGCUUCAGAUGAACCCUUCAGAAUUACCCCAGUCCUUGGUUAAGGUGAGCAUUGAAUUCAUGAUAGACACAAACAUCUCAGAAGAAGAAUAUGUUGAAAGAGAGGAUACCUGGAACUAGGGGUUAUAUCUAAAAUAAAACAGAGGGAAACUUAGCGAUAUUUUUAAUGAAAGAGUUGUUGAUGCAGGGAAUAAUCUUCCACCAGAGGAGGUAAUACUAGAGACUAACACAAGGGAAUCAUUUAUCAACAGAGUUGGAUAUGAGAAUUUAGACACAAUUUGUCCAAAAGGACAAACUGAUAUAAACAUGCCCCUUCUGGAUUGUUUUAGUGGGAAUGGUAACGUUUCUCAAUCCGAUUUGACAUGGCUUUUGUAAAGACCAUUAAACAGUGAGCACAGACAAUUCUUACUACAUAAUGAUUUGUAACGCACAGAAAAAGUUCCAGCUCACAGAUAAGCAGGAGGAAAUAAAUCAGACGAAGAUACAUUGUCUUGGCUGUAAACACACAGUGACAACGUUUGAAUAAAUUGUCUUUUCCUCAUAUUUCUCCAUGGACUGAUACGAACACAUCACAGCCCUCACAGACAGACAGACAGACAGGCAGAAGGUGCAAAGAGGAGUAAUGAUAAUGAUCAUGAUAUUCUCGGAAUUACUGAAUGAAGCUCGGCCCCGGAGUGAAUAUGCCUCAAACUAACACGUUCUUGGCUGAUUAGGGAACUGAUUAGAUUCACGCUCCAUUUACUGGGGACAAUCCAAAACCGUAUCGCUGGGGGCACAAUGCCUUUAGCAGAUAAGGUGAUAAAACCAAAAUAUUCAUUCAAAGCAAAAAUGUAAAAUAAAAUACUAACAGCUCCUGAAUAUGUUUAUCAUACAAUUAUGCUUAUCAAUGCUGAAAAAUACAGAGAAAUAGUCCACAUGAAAGAUAUGCAAUAUUCAGCGCUAUUCACUAACGUGAGAAUUCUUGGUGAAUUCAAAGUUAAUUUAAAACGUAUGGCCAUUUACUGAAUGAAAUCAUUAUUUCCAGGCUGUCUAUUUUAAACUUGAAUGUAAAGUUUACUUUGAACUCGCCUGUAAUUCUUUCGUUGGUGUAUAAUCCUGAUCCUGAUAGUGUAGUAUUCACACUCACAUGGACUUGACCCAUAAAGGGCAGCACUCUACUCUCUCCUCCAGCUCUGCUUUACUCCCACCCUAUUUGAUUGAUAUUUUCUGGCCUAAUGUGUUUUACACCCCACUUCCUAUAGAAUGUAAGCUCAUUUGAGCAGGGUCCUCUACAACCUAUGGUUUUUUGUAAUUGUCCUAUUUAUAGUUAAAUCCCCCCUCUCAUAAUAUUGUAAAGCGCUAUGGAAUCUGUUGGCGCUAUAUAAAUGGCAAUAAUAAUAAUUAAUAAUAAUGCAUUGUAGCACAAAGUGGGAGAAUGUGUUUUACAACAACAAUCUGCCUACUUACCAUGGGGCUUAGGAAGAAUUUAUUUCUGUACAGGGCACUUAGCUUUGUAUAAAGGUUAUGCAGACAUUAUACAUUUAUGAAUAAUGUGAAUAGUAGGGGGCCGAAUAUGGAGCCUUGGGGAACACCACACAUGACCGGGAGAGGAAGGGAGGCUCUUUCAGAAAUGGACACAUAUUGCGAUUGAUGUGAUACAUACGACUGAAACCAGGUUAGUGGACGAUCACCAAUACUGGUGUAUUGAAUGCUUGGGUCUACUGUGUCAAAGGCUUUGGCAAAAUCAAGGUCUCCUUGUUCCAUGCCAGUUUGGGCAAGACGUAAAGGUGAUAAAAUAUGCAAUCUGCCAAGGAUAUGCAAAGUAUGGCUAACACAGGUUGUAGUUACAAAUUAGUGGUAAUAAAUCAAAAAUAAAGGGGAAAAAAAACACACAAAACAGAAAUAACAGGAUGUGUAAAAUAUAAUAAAAUGAUGAUCCCCCAGAAGGCUACCUGUUGCAUAAGGCAAUGAAACACUUAAAAGAGCUCUGUGUUGCUUGCAAGUCUGAGGUUGGAUAACUUUAAUAUAGUUCACGUGAUUAUUACUCUCUGCAGCUGAGCGAGACAUAUGGACCUGUGUACUCGAUUCAUCUUCUUGGCCAACAUUCUGUCGUACUCAUUGGGUGCGACACAGUGAAAGAAGCUCUGCAAGACAAUGGCGAUUCCUUUUACGACCGGGGGAAAAUGGAACUGAUUGAAAGACUGUUUAGAGGAAGCGGUAAGAAUCAGAAUAUAACUUACGUAAUUACUGUCAUAAAGUAAAUACACGGAUUAAAAGAUAUCUGGCCACUUCCCAAAAAAACUCCAGGUAACACAAAUACUAGGAAAAUAUAGGAUAGGAUUUUAGGAAUCAUUUAGAGGACAGUAGGUCAGAAGUUAGAUAUUUGAAACACGGCAUACCUCAAGAUCAAUAGAUUAUUAUUACUGGUUAUCAAAGUAACUCACAAUAAAAGACAUUAUGUGCAGUAUGGUACAAGACGCCUACAAAUAAUUGAUGACAUGAUAAGUAGAAUUGCUAAUAAACACGAGGAUGAGAUUCUUGGUCAUAAAUAUUGAGGUUCAGGAAAACAUGGGACAGACAUGUUACUCUUCAGCGCAGGGCACUACAGAGUGUUAAACAAAAUAAAAAUACAUGCCGGUGAAGAUGGUCAGACAAGAUGGUACAUAAGCAGCAUUCAGGCUCCAAAGGCUGAAUAUAAACGUAUUUUUCAAACUUCAUCACUAAGUAUGUACAAAUUGCUGGUUUUAUUAAUAUUCAGAAAGGAUGUAAAACAUACUUCAUGCUGAAUAUUUUGCUUCAUAUGUUCCCUUCGAGUAACUUAUUCUUUAUGGCCUUCAAUGUCCUAUUACUGGCUUUUGAAAAUGACAAAUAAAAAAAAACAUGGUUAGGAACAAAUCCAAAGUGAAGCAGUGACAAUAUUCGGAGGAACACAAACUGCUAUAAAUGAAUAAAAUACAUACAAGACUAAAACCAUAUAGGGAAUCUUUGGAUUAUGUGAAACAUUUUUUGUCGGUUCUAGAACUUCUCAUUUCUAGAUUGUAAAUGUGUAACAUGGGGAUAUAAUUUUAGUAUGAAUUAACUCUUUGUGAGAUGUAAACUUUCUUUAUAUAUGCAGCCUUAUUCAAGAUUAAGUAGAGGAUCUGGAUGUGUGUAGAUAUUUUUCAUGGUUUUUUUUAGGUAUCAUUGUGACAAACGGGGAAACAUGGAAAACAAUACGUCGGUUCUCUCUCAUGACCUUGAGGAAUUUCGGAAUGGGGAAGAGAAGCCUAGAGGAGAGAAUCCAAGAGGAAGCUCAGUGUCUCUCGGAAACUUUCAGAAAGAAUAAAGGUUGGUGAAAUGGUAUUUAAAGAAGAAUAUCACCUAAUAAUAAAUAAUACAUGACAUAAAAAUAAUGGAGUUUAAAAAAAACAAUGCUUCCCUCAUGUUAAAACAAGGAUUAAAUCAGUAAAAAAAAAAACACAAAAUACCAAAGAUCUAAAGAUACUAUGAAAAUCUUCACAUAUAUUUUGUAGUCAGAAAGGGAGGUAUGCACAGCCUUUACUUCCAUUACAGAGUAUGUGGCAGAAAAUCUCAGUUGAUUACAUAUUUGGAAUCCUAUAUAGAAUAUAACCACUAUAUGCAAGAAAAAUAAAACCUACUAACUGGUGUACCCCUAAAUACCAGCAAACAUAAAUAAAUAAAGCGUAGGAUUUAAAGACGUACAACAAUGUGACACCUCUAAAGUGAAAAUUGCAAAAUUAAAAUACAACCCUCAUUCACAGAAGAAACAGAAAUCAAGAAUAAAACAGCAAGGAGGUGUAUCAGCCAGUGGCGUACAUACAGGGGUCACAGGGGUUGCAGUUGCGACCGGGCCCGGCACUCCAGGGGACCCGGACGCACUGUGGAUCCCUGCUGUUACUGUGAUGAGAAGAUAGCACUUUCUUCUUCCUGGAAUCCAGACAGAUAGCUGGCUGGUGUUACAUUGCUGCAAUUAAUCUGGGGCCGGGCCCCGUUGUAAUGCUGCCGCCUGCCUGCCUGCUCUUAUCUGGGGGCAGAGCAUGUUGUGUCUGGGAGGAGGGCACGGGGGGACCCAGAGGGUGGGGGUGGCACUAAGGCAGGAAGUUGAAUCAUCUCCUCUCGCUUGGCACUGAAGGGGCCUGCGGCCGACAAGGAAAUCGGUUCUCUCUCACCUCCGCCCAGCAACCCGUCUGCAUUGCCUCCAGCAAGAAGUGACAGAGCGAGGGUCACAGCAAUACAUUCUGCCUACUUUCUGCAUCAUGUAAAGUCCCCCCAGGGACCGGAUCAUUGCCUCCUCUCUCUGCCCCAAGGUAAGCCAAAGGGAGGGAGGACAACAAAUAAAUGUACUAUUGCUCAAUAUUGGUAUAGUCCUUCACCCCCCGCCCCCCCCACCACAGUGAGCACCUUGCCACUCAUGUGUGCUGCCCCAUACCUCCUCUGUGCAAGCCCCUUUUUCUUUUGCACCAGGGCCCCAUGGAUCGUACCUAUGCCACUGGUAUCAGCUUAUCACACCUCAAAUGCAGUAUGUGUAGAUGCAGGUGCUCCAAUGUUGAAUAUAAGUCUCCAUGAGCAUGAAAUAACCAUGAGAGAAAUAUAGUGUAGAUUGAAUGUAUAAAACGAUUUAUUAUUAAAAUUGCACUUACAAUAUAAUCAGUAAUUUGGGCAUAUCUCCAAUUCCAGUGGAUCAAAGCAAGGAACCUGAGCUGUGUAUGACCUCAGGGGUUGAGGUGAGUUUCACAUAAAAUAGUAGCCAAAAUAUAAAAUAAAAUAACAAGAAACAAUAAAUACAAAAGUCCCAAGGAGAUGAAUAGUCUGUAUUCAAUGCGUUCCAUCCUCUGGACUUCCUCAGAGAUAUCUAUCUGCUCUUUUGUAACCAAAUGUAUCCAAAUAUAGAUGUCUAUGUUGAUUAAAGAACUCUGUUCACCUGUAUUCCUCAUGAGUAGCGUGCAUUCCACAGUGGAAAGCUGUCUGGCUUCCGGGUAUGUUGACAUCAUAUCUGUCUCGUCAAAUCCAUGCGUGUGUAUAGCAUGCGUGUCAGGUUGGGACACAAACUACUUUUAGAAACAUAGAAACAUAGAAUGUGACGGCAGAUAAGAACCAUUCGGCCCAUCUAGUCUGCCCAAUUUUUUUAAAAUACUUUCAUUAGUCCCUGGCCUUAUCUUAUAGUUAGGACAGCCUUAUGCCUAUCCCACGCAUGCUUACAUUCCUUUACUGUGUUAAACUCUAUCACUUCAGCUAGAAGACUAUUCCAUGCAUCCACUACCCUCUCAUUAAAGUAAUACUUCCGGAUAUUAUUUUUAAACCUUUGCCCCUCUAAUUUAAGACUAUGUCCCCUUGUUGUAGUAGUUUUUCUUCUUUUAAAUAUAGUCUCCUCCUUUACUGUGUUGAUUCCCUUUAUGUAUUUAAAUGUUUCUAUCAUAUCCCCCCGUCUCGUCUUUCCUCCAAGCUAUACAGGUUAAGUUCCUUUAACCUUUCCUUGUAAGUUUUGUCCUGCAAUCCAUGAACCAGUUUAGUAGCCCUUCUCUGAACUCUCUCUAAGAAUGAAUAUCCUUCUGGAGAUAUGGUCUCCAGUACUGCGUACAAUACUCCAAGUGAGGUCUCACCAGUGUUCUGUACAAUGGCACGAGCACUUCCCUCUUUCUACUGCUAAUACCUAUCCCUAUACAACUAAGCAUUCUGCUAGCAUUUCCUGCUGCUCUAUUACAUUGUCUGCCUACCUUUAGGUCAUCAGAAAUAAUCACCCCUAAAUCUCUUUCCUCAUAUGUUGAGGUUAGGACUCUAUCAAAUAUUCUGUACUUUGUCCUUGGGAUUUUAUGUCCAAGAUGCAUUAUCUUGCACUUAUCCACAUUAAAUGUCAGUUGCCACAACUCUGACCAUUUUUUUAGUUUACCUAAAUAAUUUGCCAUUUGGCUUAUCCCUCCUGGAACAUCAACCCUGUUACAUAUCUUAGUAUCAUCAGCAAAAAGACAUACCUUACCAUCAAGACCUUCUGCAAUAUCACUAAUAAAAAUAUUAAAGAGAAUGGGUCCAAGUACAGAUCCCAGAGGUACCCCACUGGUGACAAGUCCAAGCUUCGAAUAUACUCCAUUGACUACAACCCUCUGUUGCCUGUCACUCAGCCACUGCCUUACCCAUUCAACAAUAUUGGAAUCCAAACUUAAAGAUUGCAGUUUAUUGAUAAGCCUUCUAUGUGCAACAGUGUCAAAAGCCUUACUGAAAUCUAGGUAAGCAAUGUCUACUGCACCACCCUGAUCUAUAAUUUUAGUUACCCAAUCAAAAAAAUCAAUAAGAUUAGUUUGGCAUGAUCUCCCUGAAGUAAACCCAUGUUGUCUCUGAUCUUGAAAUCCAUGUGUUUUUAGAUGUUCAACAAUCCUAUCCUUUAACAUGGUUUCCAUCACUUUCCCCACUACUGAAGUAAGGCUUACUGGCCUAUAGUUGCCCGACUCCUCCCUAUUACCUUUCUUGUAAAUGGGCACAACAUUCGCUAACUUCCAAUCUUCUGGGACUACUCCUGUUAACAAUGAUUGGUUAAAUAAAUCUGUUAAUGGUUUUGCUAGUACACCACUAAGCUCUUUUAAUAGCUUUGGGUGUAUUCCAUCAGGUCCCAUUGACUUAUUUGUCUUUACUUUUGACAGUUGAAAUAGAACCACUUCCUCUGUAAACUCUUAUUCCUAACUGAGGCCCCUUUCCUUUAUUUUCAUCUGUAAAUACUGAACAAAAAUAUUAAUUGAGGCAGUCAGCUAGACCUUUAUCCUCUUCUACAUACCUUCCUUCUUUUGUUUUUAAUCUAACUAAUCCUUGUUUUACUUUUCUUUUCUCAUUUAUGUAUCUAAAAAAUGUUUUAUCCCCCUGUGAUAUUUUCUCUUCUGUGUGUGAUUUAGAAGCUCUUAUAACUUGCUUAGCCUCUUUCUGCCUAAUCUUAUAGAGCAUUCUGUUUUCCUCACUCUGAGUUUUUUUAUAAUUACUAAAUGCUAACUUUUAGAUUUUUACUAUUUUGGCCACAUCUACGGAGUACCACAGUGGCUUCUUCAAUUUUUUGCUUUUACUGACAAGCCUAAUGCAAUUUUCUGUUGCCUUCAGCAGUGCAACUUUUAAAUAAUCCCAUUUCUCUUGGACUCCAUUCAAAUUGCUCCAGUCUGAUAAUGACUCCUUUACACAUAUUCUAAUUUUAGAAAAGUCUGUUUUUUUUAAAGUCUAAAACUUUUGUUUUUGUAUGGUGUGACUCAGUCACUGUUUUUAUAUUAAACCACACUGACUGAUGAUCAUUGUAUCCUAAACUUUCACCUACAGUAAUAUCUGAUACCAAAUCUACAUUUGUUAACACUAAAUCUAGUAUGGCCUCCUUAUGGGUUGGCUCCUCAACGACUUGUUUUUGUCACGGUAGUUUACCCCUACACGCAAGAUUUAGUCCAACAAUCGACAGAUAGAGCAGAUACGACUUACUGGACCUUAGAAUGGCCGGACUCGCCGUAUAGCAGAGAAAAGACAGAGUCAGGGAACAAAGAGACUGCGAGAACAAAAAGUAGCCGAGGUCUGGUACACAGUAGUCAGUAAGCCGGCAAACAAGACAAAACAGGGAUAGAGAGAUAAACGGAGUCAGAAUCAAAGUCAAGGUCAAGCACGAAAAACACAACUGAACACAACAAGCGCUAAAGGGAACUGAAACAGAAACCACAAUAGGGCAGGGAGUUAAGGGAGAGGUAAGCAUAAAUACCCUUACAUUAAAUUUGAUUGGCCCCUGUCAUAUCCACGCCCCCAAAAUGUGAGUGUAUGGGGAAUGUGGGAUGAGAGGGGCCAAUGGGAGACCGUUUUAAUUUUCAGCUCCCACUUCCCCUUUAAGAGUGUGCCCGAGAAGCGUGGCGCGCUCUUGGAGCUAAGCGGGACACGUGACCGCACCCCGCGUCAUCCGAGCCCCGAGCGUGCCGCGCGCGGCGGGAACUGAGGACCUCGGCCGGCCCCCGGAUAAGGUAAGUACCGCUACAGUUUUAGAGACAAUCUCAGUAGGGAGUUUAGAAUAUGUGUGCUCCUGGAACAAGCAGCUAUUUUGGUUUUCCAAUUCACAUCAGGAAGAUUAAAGUCACCCAUGAUGAUAACGUCCCCCUUUAUUGUCAUUUUAGCUAUUUCCUCAACUAGUAGAUUAUCUAACCCUUCUAUUUGUCCUGGGGGCCUAUAAAUCACACCUACAUGAGUUACUGUGUGAUUACCGAAUUCUAAUGUAACCCAAACGGACUCUAUGUUCGCCUCACUAACUUUUAUUAGGCUAGAUUUUAUGCUAUCCUUCACAUCCUCCCUCUAUCUUGCCUUCCCUGUCUUUUCUAUAUAAAGAGUACCCUGGGAUUGCUAUGUCCCAGUCAUUUUCUCAUUAUACCAUGUCUCAGUAACAGCGACUAAAUCUACAUUAUUUAAUAUAGAAUACGCAGUGAUCCGGGGUUAGAUAAUGGGGACAGCAGACUAAAUGCAUGUAUAUACCAUCACAUAUAAUUAUUAUCGAUAGGGAUCCUCGCCAUGACAUUAAACUCCAAAAAAACACCCUAAGCGAAGUCAGUCUAAUGGAAUAAAUAUGAUAGAAAUGAAAUAAUGAUUCAAAAAGGUUAAACUGUAAGAAGAAACCUGAAGAAACCGUAAGUCCGAUGCGUAUUGAUGUUUGUAACUGGCACACAUAAAGAAUAUAGAUAACAUAGAUGUAUUAUAUCUAUAUAACAUGGCGAGCCCCCCAACAAGAAGAAAGAAGAAGAUAAAUGCAUGACGUAUUUCAAUCAAUCUAGAAAACACACAGAACACAACUUUAUUACAAUAUAUAUUUAAUAUUUACAUAAACAGAAUUUGACUGCAUCCCCUCUAUUCCCUCUAUUUGUUACUUUUUCUCACUUGAUCUGUGAAUCAAAUGAAAAUGGGCCUAAUAGGGUACUAAAAUAUAUAGUUAAAUAUAGUUAAUGGGACAUUGUAGUCACCAAAAAUACUUUAGCUUAAUGAAGCAGUUUUAGUGUAUAAAGCAUGCCCCUGAAGUUUCACUACUUAAUUAUCUGCCAUUUAGUAGUUAAAUAACUUUUGUUUUUGUUUAUGUAGCCUUAGCCACACCACCUCUGGCUGUGACUGACACAGCCUGCAUGAAAACAAAAUGUUUAAUUUUCAAUCAGAUCUAACUUCCUUUAAAGGUUUUUUAUUUCCUGCUCUGUAAAUUGAACUUUGAUCACAAACACGAGGCUCCUGCAGGGUCUAGCAAACUAUUUAUUGAGCAGAAACUAAGACAUCCUCAUGUAAACAGACUGUGCAAUAAAAUAAGUUUCAAUGUUUAGAUGACUCUUCACAGGAAGGGUUUAGGAAGGGUGGGCAGAAAAUUAUAUUUUUGGAAAACCAAAUUUUUCCAACUUUUAUGUGAUUUCCAACAAAACUGUUACUAAUGAGAACUAGAAGUCUCAAUUAAUGACUCUAUUUCCAGAAGGUAUAUGGGGAUCACAAAAUUAUUUUAAGGAGUCAUUUUCAGGUUGUGUCACCUAGGCUUAAUCUUGCUGGCCAAAUCCUGCCCAAUAGUACAUUACAAGACAUUACAUUGUAAAUCAAUAUCAUCUAAUUCACCAAUCCGAGUUUUCUAAGUCAUACAGCUUGUGUUUAUUCUAAUUAUAUUUUUUGCUAUGCAGAUGCUCCCUUUGAUCCAACUGAUUUGCUGGGACAAGCCGUAUCCAAUGUCAUUUGCUCAGUUGUAUUUGGUGAGAGAUUUGAUUAUGAAGAUGAACAUUUUAAAAGUCUUCUAUUGAACUUUAGAGAUAUCCUCAAAGAUUUAAAUUCAAGGUCUGGCCAGGUGAGGAGGUUAACAGCUGGUAUAUGGAAUAAAAUGGCUCAAAUAGUAGUCGAUGCACCUAUUUGUUUCAAUAUCAACAAAAAACGUUAAACAUGUGAAAAUUAGCAUCUUUCAAUUACUAUGACAAUUCCCGAGAAAAUAUCUUAAUUCUUCUUGCCUUCAAUCUUUUUACAUUUAAGUGAAAAAUGUAUUAAUUAUUGUAAUUUAUAGAAUUUUGGUUUGCUUUGUUCAACUUUGGCAUGAAACUAAAUUUCGGUAGGUUCAGUCAUUCCCACAAGAAAAUGUUUUAUUUCUUCAAUGAAAAUAUUUAUAUUUUGCUUCCACAGCAGCCACUUACCUCUGAAUUAGUUUUGAAAGAACAGUCUGACGGAGAAAAAUUCAAACAUUAAUAUAGAGAACAGAUGUGAAAAUAUAAUUCCAAUAUACAAAGCUAAUAUAGGAAUUUUCAGACUUUUCUCUGUGUGAUAGAUUCAAAUUAAUUACAAUCUGAUACCAGCACCUUACCAUUUAUAUCAGAAACAGAGCUAUGUUUGCAGAAAGGAUCUAAAUUCUGAAAAAGUUUCAGGGAAAUUGUAACCUGGUUACACUCCCUUGGCUUUCAAUUAGAUAAUUUGUUCUGGUACUUCGUAGUAUAUUAGGCUCACUGGACCCAAACUGAAGAGGCAGCAAUUGCUCAGUGCACCUGCGUUGUAAAGACUUCUCAUUGCUCUGCAUUGGGAAGUCUGGGAUUGGACAGCCACAGAAAGUCUGGGCGGGGUUAGAAGGGGAGGGCUUGUGAAUGCUGCAGACAUGAGAUCUUCAGUUUUUGCAAGCUGUUUUUGGAUAUACCCCCAAAUGAAAACAUGCAUAAUUAAAUGCGUGCAAUUUUUCAUUUGGGUUUUAUCUACUAAACAGUGAUUUUUAUUUAUUUUGUAUUUUGACAGUAGAGUGUCCCUUUAAAAUACUAAAAUUAUAUAAUAAUUAAUUUCAGCCAUUAUCACAUUUUGAAAACUGAACUUUGAAGUAUAUAAAACUUGUAAUGUGAUAAACCCAUCCCAAAAAUAAAUAAUACUUUGCUAAUGGAUCAAAAAAUGCAAAUAAAACUAAAAAUCUUACAAUUGUGCUCUGUGUUAAACUCUGUUAACAGUAAAUGGUGAAAAUAAUGUUAGAAUAAUUUAUGUGUGUACUUCAUAGGAUUUUUUUUUUUUAAAACUGGCUUAUGUGUUUUUGGCUCAUUUCUAUAACCUUAUACAAUUCUUCUAUAGCUUCUUCAGAUGUUUCCAAAUGCACUCAGCCACAUUCCUGGUCCGCACCAGAGAGUUUUUAUACAUUUUGAGAAACUUCGGCAGUUUGUGAAGGACAUGGUGCAAUCUCACCGAAAGACACUGGACGCAAACUGCCCACGUGACUUCAUAGACAGCUUCCUGAUAAGGAUGGAGGAGGUAGUAUCAUAUCAUUUAAGAAAUUAAUUGUGCAUAUCUAGAAAUAGUACUACAACUAGAUGUCUAAGGAAACUUUAAAAUUGUUUUCCAGGAAAAGAAUAAUCCUAAAACGGAAUUUCAUGAGGAUAAUUUAUUGGGAACGAUAAGAGAUUUGUUCUUUGCUGGGACAGAAACUUCAAGCCUGACACUGCGAUAUGGAUUCCUAAUUCUUCUUAAGUAUCCAGAGAUACAAGGUAUGAUUAUCAAUCUAUUAAAGGAACUCUUCCCGCACCGUAUUGCAUGAUAUGUUACAUUUUGUAUAUUUGUUUCAGAUAAAAUCCACAAGGAGAUCGAUCAUGUAAUUGGUCAAAAUCAUUGCCCUUCAAUGGAUGACAGAAGUAAAAUGCCUUAUACGGAUGCUGUGGUCCAUGAAAUUCAGAGAUUUUGUGAUAUUGUGCCUACUGGGUUGCCCCGUGCAACUACCACAGAUAUAAUCUUCAAAGGUUACAACAUUUAUAAGGUUAAUACAAUGAGGAAAUUAUGCUGUAAUAUACAUAGCCAUACUUUGAAAGCCCAGUCCCUUUAUCUGUGAUGGACCCUCUGUCAAUUGAUGCUCCUAGUGCUUACCAAGGACCAUCAGCACCGCACCAGACACCAUAAGCACCGCAGACCCCACAAACCGCUGCAGCUUGGUUGGGGUCUCACCAUCUCCUACCCACCCUGGACCUACAACACGGCUUCAGCUCCCAGUGGGUACACCUCUCCUACUCCAGAGAGCGUAGCAGGAACAAGCUCUUAAAAGAGUUUAGUGAUUAUAGCCAGGGGAGUAUACAGCGUAAAGCAAUCCCCAGUGUAGAUGCAGUCUUUUUCGUGACACAUGAGACAAGGCUCUAUGUUGAGGGUAAAACAGGAACUCAGCAGAUCUGAGGGUUUAUUGUCUUUUAUACAGUUUUCCCCACAAGGUACCACCCACGUGGAUCUUGAGGAGCACCGGACACAAAGUCACAAAACCAAUCAAAACAGUAUUGUACAGUUAAACACUCCCAGAUAAUGUACACAAACCCUCCCCUCUGUCUGUGAUACAAUUAACAAAGACAACGGACUAACUCAAUUAACUCUAAGCAGAGAAAACAUAAAUUUUUACAAACUCCAAAAAGUACCUCGAAAUACAACAUAUCCCCAAAAAAGUCCCCUGAUAGCCCCGAUCUGGGUAAACAACAUAUACAAAAAUCACCCAGAUCGGUUCAGGAAUUUCCUGGAAGUCUUAUUUUUGCCCCACCGUGCACAUGGUCCCAUGUCCAAAACAGUUCCAUACGCUCGACGACAAAACACUGCUGGACAAUUUAAGAUGGCCGCCGCCACAUGUUUGAAAGGGGAAUUGUGCUAAGUCCCAAUAUACACAAAUAGUGUUUUUAGAAGGCAAUAUACCCCAGGGGCCAUAGUCACAGGGCAAGAAGCUGGCAAGCAGGCCUCUCCAAAACCCAGUGCAGCGGUUACUUUCGCCACAUUAACUUUUGCUAUUUUGGCAUACGAUAGAGUGACCAUUAAACAGAUUAGUGUCAUUCAGACAAGUAAAGGAACCUAUCAUUCAUAUCAAUACUCUAAUGGAUGCUCUUUGGAUCUAGAAAAGUCUGACCUAUAAAAUGUCUCUUGUAUACCUUAUGUUAACCAAGCAGUGUUUCACUUUUAUUGUCUUUCUUUCACUUGUGGUACUUGACCUAGAGGAGUCUUUUUGACACUUCAUUUGCACUAUUUCAGGGCACUGUGGUUUUACCAAUUCUAACAUCUGUCCUGAAUGAUCCUAAAUAUUUUAAAAACCCUCAUCAGUUUGACCCUGGUCAUUUUCUGGAUGAGAAUGGCUGCUUUAAGAAGAAUGAUGCCUUCAUGCCAUUCUCUACAGGUAUUUACAAUUUAUUCAUGAGUAAAAAUAAUGAUGUCCUAUGGAUGUUUGUAGAGAUGGAGAGAUGCCCUCCAACGACCAUAUAGUCUUAUGUAAUUAUGUCUAUUGUCCUCCUGUGCAGGUAAACGUAUUUGUGCUGGGGAGCGUCUGGCUCGUAUGGAGAUAUUCCUCUUCUUCACUACUAUCUUACAAAAUUUCACCCUGAAGCCAACAGUGGAUAAUGAAGACAUUGAUAUCACCCCAGAGCCAAACACCAAUUCUUCGGGACCUCGGAUCUACCAGAUGUAUGCCGUGUCUCGUUGGAACGCCUAA